CUAUCCGAAACAGAGAAGAAGAGAGGAGGCGGCGCACCACGUUGGUAGCGAGUGCUUAGUAACUUUCAGAAGCGCGUUGAUAGCAGCAGCGGCACCACCUUCAAGAAGCAAGUCCUUUUAAACAGACAGAAAAUGAACGGCAUCGAAGAGGAGUCAAUGGCACCCCAGACGUUCCUUUACGGGUGCGUGCUUGAAAGUGGAAAGGAGGUGGUCUUCAACCCUGAGGAUGAUGAAUUUGAGCAUCAGCUGGAUCUAAGGAUGGCCUGCGUGGACCCGAGUACUGCAGAUGAACUUCACAUGGUGGAGGUUGAAGGGCAAGACUCAGAGGGUCAGAAAAUCAAAGCAGUGUUGGUCUCGCUUAAGCCCUCAACCCUGCCGAGUGUAUGUCUUGGUGGUUUCACCAUCACACCCCCAGCCGUUUUUCGUCUGAAGACUGGUGCUGGUCCAAUCCACAUCAGUGGACAACACCUAGUCAUGAUGGACGCAGAUCAGUCCUUUGAAGUAGAUGAUGAUGAUGAUGAGGAGGCAGAGGAAGAAGAAGAGGAAGAGGAGGAAGAUGUCAAAUUGUCAAAGAAAAGACCUGCUUCCUCUCCUGCCGCCAAGUCUCAGAAAAAGAUUAAAAUGGACGUGGAUGACGACGACGAAGAUGAUGAGGAUGAUGAUGAUGAGGAGGAUGAGAGUGAAGAAGAGUCACCUGUUAAGCCAAAGGCCACUCCUUCCAAAAAACCAGCUCAGAAUGGCAAGAACUCUGCUCAGAACACUCCCGCCAAGCAGGAGAAGACCCCUAAAGGAAAGGGUGCCAAGUCGCCCAAGACCCCCCCCAAAGCUCUAACCAUUCCUGAGAUUAAAGCCAAGCUGAUGGAGGCAGUGAGUAAGGGAGUAAUAUUACCCAAAAUCCAGCCCAAGUUUGAGAACUUUGUGAAGAAUGGUCAUCAUGUCACAGACCCCAAGAUGGUUUCAGAGCUGUGGAAGUGGAGACAAGCCAUGAAGGAUACUAAAUAACUUGUCCAUAGUGUUCUUUUAUGACCUGUUUAUACCGGCAGCACCUCUCAAACCCUCUGAAACUAAACUCACAACUCGAAGAUUCUGAGCCUCAUAUCUGUCCUCACCAAUUUGACAAAUUUGCAAGCGUGUAAAUACAAUUCUCAC